ACAGUAGUAGGAAACAAAUUCACAAGUUCUGUUUCUCUUUUUAAUUUGUUUGCAAUGCUAUUGCUAAAAAAUCUAAAGCAAACGCAGCUGCAGCGCUGCUGGCAGCCCUUGGCGCGUUUUGCCAGCGGCCAGCGUAAGUUUGAUUACGAUUUGGUGGUGCUGGGCGGUGGCUCCGGCGGUUUGGCCUGUGCCAAGGAGGCGGUGGAAUAUGGAGCGCGCGUGCUGUGCUUUGAUUAUGUGACGCCAACGCCAGCGGGCACCAAGUGGGGCGUGGGCGGCACCUGCGUCAAUGUGGGCUGCAUACCCAAGAAGCUAAUGCAUCAGGCCUCGCUGCUGGGCGAGGCGGUGCAUGAGGCGGUGGCUUAUGGCUGGAAUGUUAACGAUCGCGAUAUCAAGCCCAAUUGGCAGAAGCUGGUCAAGUCGGUGCAGAAUCACAUUAAGUCAGUGAACUGGGUAACGCGCGUGGAUUUGCGUGACAAGCAGGUGGAGUAUGUCAACUCGCUGGGCUACUUUGUGGAUGCGCAUACAAUUGAGUAUAAGACUAAGCAGGGCGCGACCAAGCAGCUGACAGCGCAGAAUGUGGUGGUGGCUGUGGGUGGACGCCCACGCUAUCCGGAUAUACCAGGCGCCAAGGAACUGGGCAUUACCAGCGAUGAUAUAUUCAGCUAUGAAAAGGAUCCAGGACAAACGCUUGUAGUGGGUGCUGGUUAUGUGGGACUGGAGUGCGCUUGUUUUCUUAAGGGUCUGGGCUAUGAGCCCACGGUUAUGGUGCGUUCCAUAGUGCUGCGUGGCUUUGAUCGCCAGAUGUCUGAGCUGCUGGCUGCCAUGAUGACGGAGCGUGGCAUUAAAUUCUUACACACCACCAUACCCACUGCAGUGGAACGUUUGCCCAAUGGUCGACUGCUGGUCAACUUUACCAAUACAAGCAACCAAACUAAAGGCAGCGAAGUCUACGAUACAGUUCUAUGGGCUAUUGGACGCAAGGGACUUAUAGACGAUCUCAAUCUGGCUGCAGCGGGCGUGCAAACGCGCAAUGAUAAAAUUAUUGUAGAUGGCACUGAAGCUACAAGUGUGCCUCACAUUUACGCCGUGGGCGAUAUUAUCUAUGGGCGUCCCGAGCUUACGCCCGUGGCCAUUUUAGCAGGUCGCCUGCUGGCGCGUCGACUCUUCGCUGGCUCCAAGCAGCUCAUGGACUACAGAGAUGUUGCCACCACAGUAUUUACACCACUGGAAUACUCUUGUGUGGGCAUGUCCGAGGAGCAGGCUAUUGAAACACUAGGCCCAGAGAAUGUCGAAGUCUUUCAUGGCUACUACAAACCCACCGAGUUCUUUAUACCACAAAAGAGCGUGCGGCAUUGUUAUCUCAAAGCUGUAGCUGAAGUUGGUGGUGAGCAAAAGAUUUUGGGCUUACACUAUAUGGGCCCAGUGGCUGGUGAAGUAAUUCAAGGUUUUGCAGCUGCUUUAAAAUCGGGACUAACUGUUAACACUCUACUUAAUACUGUUGGCAUUCAUCCCACCACAGCGGAGGAGUUUACUCGACUUUCAAUUACAAAACGUUCGGGUCGCGACCCAACUCCUGCUUCUUGCUGUAGUUGAAUUUUCAUUUAUUUUAAUUUUGUGUUUAAAUAAAGUGCAAU